AUGCCACCUUUACCCAAGACAGCGACAGGCGCAGUUCCUACACCUCCAGACCCAGCAAGUUAUGGACUUUCCGGUUUUCCUCCCUCCCAGGCCUUCCCUGCCGGAAGUGGAUGUGCGAUGCCAAUGUCGUCUAACCCCACACCUUCCAUGACCCCAGCAGAAAUGAAAGCACGUGUGGAAGCUUUUGAAAUGCUGACAAAAACAUCCCCUUUUCUGAUGCAAUACCAGUCAAAUAUGCCGUUGGUCAAUCCGUUCGAUCCGCAGGCCCCAUUACCUGCACCCGGCACCAAUCCAAACCCAAUGUCGUUAGCUGACGUUCCUAUCCCUAGUUUCCAGGAAAUGUUGAAUGGUCCUGAUGCUAAGCAGAAUGCGCAGCAGUUGAGUGAGUACAUGCGUAAACGCUUUGCAGCCCAAACAGCGAUGUACGAAAACCUUCCGCAGCGGUUUGAUACCGCAAUCAAUGCCGAUAAUUUAUCUAUCCCUCGAGCUGCAAGCUUACCCGCUCAGUCCACAUCUGCCCCAAGUACUCCAGCAACUGGAGCUAAUUCGGAGAGAUCCGCUUCCUCAGUGGGCAGAACAGUUUCCAAUCAGGUAAGCUUACGUACUGGUGAAAAAGAGCGUAGUUAUUAGGU